AUGCGGGCACAGACUCACCAGCCCGUGUCAGACCGUCCCGGAGGAGCGCUGCCGAAGCUGUCUGUGCCGUCGGGUACCCCGCUGCGAGUUGCUGGUUCUGGUGCUGGUGCUGGUGCCGGUGCUGGCGCUGGUCCUCGUGCAGCGGCUGCGACGGCGAGAACAGGCGAGCCAAGCUUCGCACCACCCUCCGGACAACUUGCCUCCGUUAUAGGCUCCGAAGGCACCUUUCUUCUCGUCGACGACCCUCCUGCCGCCGGCACUAGAGAUUCCUUCGCUUCCAUCGUCGACGACCCGUUUUUCGUUCGUUACCACACCCCCGAACCCGACCCCGAUCCCGAUCUCCAUUCCGCGACCCAUCCCCAUCCCGGCCCGCCAAACGCCCCAACGAGUGCUGGUCACCGUGAUGAGGAGCGACAGCCGUGGAUCCCGCCGCGAAAAGAAUCCCUGAGCCAUACCAAUCCGACCCCCUGGCAUGCCCAAUCCGACAUGGAACCUAUCAACAUAGCCAUCAUUGGCGCCGUAGGAGUGGGCAAGUCCACCUUCAUACAACACCUGCGCCGGACACCCAGGCCGUCGGCCUCCAACAUCACGGCCCUACGCCACGAACUCGAUGGCACAUCCUAUCUAGUCACGCUUGUCGAGCUCGAUCUCGAGGGCAUCGAGCUGGACCCAAACCAGCCCGUACACUGGCCGAAGCAAAUCGGAGGGCACUCGGUGCCCCGCAUGGAUGGCGCACUGAUCCUGUACGAUGCCGUGAAUGAGGGGAGCAUGCGGGAAGUGCCCCCAAUAAUGGCCGCCCUGGCGAAUUCCUCCCUACCGACCGUGCUCGUCGCCACGAAAUGCGAUACUCCCGACGACCUACGGCGCCCCGAUUUGUCGGGGCUCGCAGCCGCCUUCGCGACGUGCGCCGGCCAUUUCAGGACCGCGUCCAACGCGCCAGCCACCGUCCGGGAAUGCUUACAAGCCAUGCUGAGAGUUGCGCUGGCCAACCGGAGAGACAAAUCAGAAGGCUCGGGCCAAAGAAGGCGCGCUGCUUCGACGGCAAAUCUAGAUGCGCCCAUGGAUCUCCAUAAUGGCCGCCCAAUCAGCCAGCACAGUAAGCACAGCAGGGCCAGCUCCGACUUCUCGCUUCUGCGGGGCUUUUCACAACCUCCCAACGAAGGCCAGUACAGAGGCCCGCCAUCAAGGUCUCCGAGACUGGAUUAUCAGAGCGUCGCGUCCAGCAGCAACCUGAAUCCUAGCGCCGCCAUUCCCGAGGACGGCAAGCAGCAGACGGUGUCGAGCAUGCUACGGACCCCCGGUAUUCGGCUGGACGGUGGCGGUGAAUCCUUCCUCGACGUUGACGAAUCCGAUGGAGAGUCUUACCAGUACUCGGAAGACAUUCCGAUCCUGCGCCGGAGCGAGGACGGCUUUGACAGGCCGGCAAAGGUGACGGGCGUGAGUUUUGACGACCUCGUCGACAGACUGCUUGCCCCAAAGAUGUCCAAGGCAGAUCAGAACUUUGCCGACGUCUUCCUUUGCCUGUACCGGAAAUUCGCCGCGCCGCACGAGCUGCUUUCGGCCAUCCGCACCCGGCUGGGCCCAGUGCGGACCGACCGGGCGGUGGAGCAUCUGGUCAAGAUAGAGACGCAGAUGCGAACGAUCGAAGUGGUGGCGAAAUGGCUCUCGCUGUAUCCUGGGGACUUCGCCAGGUCAGCGACGAGGAGGAGUUUGGAGGAGCUGAUCCAGCAGUUGUCGACAGAGCCGGUCUUCGUCGCAGCCGCACAACAAAUGAGGGUGCAUCUUGACCACAGAGUCACACUGGACGACGACACGGGCUGGGCGAAAUCAGACCCAGCCGACGAAAACGAGGGCAAAGAGGGCGCGGGACAGAGACGGAGCGGGGUCGCAGAGUCGAUGAGCUCCCUGCAGCUAGAUGAUUCGGGCGUGCCCAGCCAACGGCGCCCGUCACAAAGCUCCGACUUGUCCGCUCUGGAGGGUCGCGGCGCCCGGGGACCGGCACGGCUCCAUUUCCAUUCGGUCGAAGACUACGAAUGCGAGGCAGCCACCCUGGUACCAUCGCCCAUACUUCCCCUGAACAAAUUCCGGUACCACAUGUUUAUGGAGCUCGACGCCGAGGACAUCGCCGACGAACUGACACGGAUAGACUGGGUCAUGUUCAGCUCGAUCCGAAUCCGCGACAAGGUGCGCCAUGUCAGCUUGUCGCACGAUCAGAAGGAGAAGUGCCGUAACCUCAAGAACGUCAACCGCAUGGUCUCGCACUUCAACCACGUCGCCCAUUGGGUGUCCAACAUGAUCCUGAUACGCGACAAGGCAAAGCAUCGCGCCCCCUGCCUUGAAAAAUUCAUAGUCGUCGCCCAAAGGCUGCGCCAGAUGAACAACUACAACGGCCUGGCCGCCGUGCUGGCAGGCAUCAACGGCUCCGCUAUCCACCGGCUUGCCCAAACGCGUGCGGCGAUUUCGGCGGAAGCGCAAAAGCGGCAUGCUGGGCUAGCGCUGCUAAUGGGCACGCAAAAGAGCCACUUCGCCUACCGCCUCGCGUGGGAGAACUCGUCGCUGCCACGUAUCCCCUUUAUGCCGCUGCACCGGCGCGAUUUAGUCUCUGCUGAGGAGGGCAGCAAGACGUUUGUGGGGCCCAAUGGAGACCGAAUCAACUGGAAGAAGUUCGAGGUGCUUGGGGAGGUGCUGCUGCCCAUCAUGAAGAGCCAGGGGCAGCCAUAUCCUAAUCUGCAACGGCACGACGCCUGCAAGGAGUUGGUACUGGAUUGUCGGGUGACGACUGAUGACGAGGAACUCUACCAGCGCAGCGUGCAGGUUGAGCCUUCGACUGGUGGCGCGGGGGAGUCGACCAGGAAGAAGUUCCCCUGGCUGGCCAAGUAG